UCUGUUUUGGUAACAAAAAAUUUUACACAUGUUAUUUAAUGAAAUCAUCAGUUUAUUUUGUAGGUAAUAAAGACAAGUAUACUGAUGUGAAUUCUCAUAUAAAUAAAAGUUUUCAUAUGUUUGUUGAAACUUGUUUUAACAAGUUCUUUGAAAGGCAAAAGUAAUGCUGAUAUCAGUACUGCAGUCUUUGAUGUAUUGAAACAACUGCAGCGUAAUUAACCUGCUGAAAAAAUACUUCAUCUUCUUCAGAUAAAAUUAUAGAAAUCUAUGAAAUAAUAACUAUAUAAAUGAGUCGUUCGUUUUGUGGAUAAAAUUAUUCAAUUAAAAUCAAAACUCAUAGCUCUUUGUGUACAGCAUAUAUAUAUGCUUCCAGUAGUUUUCAUGAUAGAAUGUCAUCACAAAAUAUAUGCUCUAAAGUAUUUGGCUAAAAUUAUACUGUACAGACCUGCAUUUUUUUUUUUAACCCUAUGUGAGAAUCUUCUCUUUAUCACAUCAUUUCUUUAAUUUAUGCGUGUAUGUUGCCAUUUCCUGUAACUUGACACAUUGAAGUGAACUAUGGAAGCAGAUCUAUGUGUAGCUACGGAUAAAAAAUCACUUGAAUUUGAUGUAUGCCAUAAAUUAUGUUCUCAUAAAGCUACUGUAAAAGUACUGGUAAGGUAAGCCACACUGGCAUAAGACCUUAUAUCUGUGAUAUAUGUAGUAAGACAUUUGCAUCCCAAAGUAGUUUAUAUAGCCAUAAAUAUAGUCACACUGACAAGAGACCAUACAAUUGUGAUAUAUGUAAUAGGUCAUUUAGACGUAGUGGUAGUUUAAAAGAACACAUGUCUACCCACAGUAGUAAAAAGACUCAUAAGUGUGAUGUGUGUAAUAAGUUAUUUGCACAAAAAAUUCAUUUAAACAGACAUAUGGUAACUCAUACUGGUAUGAAACCCUAUCAAUGUGACACAUGUAAUAUGGCAUUUGCAUUCCAAAGUCGCUUACUUAGUCAUAUGCGUAUUCACACUGGUGAGAAACCACAUCACUGUGAUGUAUGUCAGAAGUCCUUUGCACACAAAGGUCACUUAAACAUACAUAUGUUUACCCAUACUGGUGAAAAGCCACAUAAGUGUGAUGUGUGCAGAAAGUGUUUUCUUGACAAAGCUAAUUUACGAAGACACAUGUUCACUCAUAUUGGUGAAAAACCAUAUAAGUGUGAUAUAUGUAACAAGUCAUUUGUAUGCAGAGGUCAAUUAAACAAGCAUAUGUUUAUUCAUACUGGUGAAAAGCCGUUUAAGUGUGAUGUGUGUGAUAAGUGUUUUUUAUAUAAAGCUGAUAUGCAAGGACAUAUGUAUACUCAUACUGGUGAAGCACCAUAUAAGUGUGAUAUAUGUAAUGCGUCAUUUGCAUUAAUGUCAAGAUUAAACUUGCAUUUAAAAAUCCAUACUGAUAUAAAGCCUCAUAAAUGUGAUGUUUGCAAUAAGUCUUUUAUUCUGAAAGGUAGCUUAAUUCAGCAUAUGUGUAUCCACACUACUGAGAAGCCAUACAAUUGUGAUACAUGUUUCAAGUCAUUUGCACGUAAAAGUGAUUUAAACAGGCACUUGCUAAUACAUACUCAUGAGAAACCAUUAAAGUGUAGUUUUUGUAGUAAGUCAUUCAAACGUCGUGAUUCUUUAAAUAAUCACUUGCGUACACAUACUGGUGAAAAACCACAUAAGUGUGAUAUGUGUGAUAUGUCAUUUAUAACCAAAUGUAAUUUGAAAGUGCAUAUGCUUACCCAUACUAGUGAAAAAUCAUAUAAAUGUGAAAUAUGUUGCAAACUAUUUGGAACUAAUGGUAGAUUAAACAUUCACAUGCGUACCCACACUCGUGAAUAAUUGUGGAUAGGUAAUAUGAUUGACAGUCACUUACAGUGUUCUGUAUUCUGACUUCAUAUGUGUACUUAUACUGAUGAGAAAACUCCUUGGAGUAAUAUGUGAAAUAAAUUAUAUUAAUGGGAAAAUAGCUUAAUGACACAAAUGAUUACCCAUGUUUGAUGCGAAACGAUGUGAAUGUGAAAAUGCUUUAAGUCAUUUGCACAUAGAAGCAACUGUUAUCUGCAUUUGUUGGAGAAAGUGCAGAAUAACCCACUGCUUUGCGCAUUUCUCAAAAUUGUCAACUUGAAAAUAGUCAAAGAAUUGCACAAACUUGGUAUCCAUGUACACAUCAACCUAUUUUCACUUAAGAAAACAUCAGAGAAUUGCACAAACUUGGCAUUGCGCACUCCCUUAACUUUGUCCAUGUACACAUCGAUACGUGCCAUAUAAGUGGGCAAUUCUGCACUUUAUCCCAUUUGUUUUUGUAUAUUGGUCAAAAUUUUUUAAAUGUGAUAUAUGUACUAAACAUUGUUGUACUCAAAAGUUACUUUGCAAAACACAUACUAAGAGGGGAGAUACCAGUUGAAUACUACGAUUCAUUCACAUGGAAAGGUAAUUUAGUUAAGUACAUUCUGAUUACCUGCAUCUCAACAGAAAUGUUUCAAAAAAGCUAUUUAUAAGGUAAUAAAUACACUGUGUCACUGAAAAGUGUUUAUGUGGCCAACAUAAAUUAUUUUCACAUAAAGGUACUUUAAAAGUAUAGUACAAAGUCCAAAAUCUGGACUCGUCGGGACUUCAG